AACGUGGCCGUGCUUCCAUGACGUGUGCUUGCCCGUGUGCCUCAUAGGUUCACGCCCGCACUAGCUUAUGCUAAUGCUUUGAUGUCAUUCACAAGGCUCCAGACCUUUGAUUGCCGGGUAAGAGCGGAACUCCCGAUAAAAUGUCAAAUGUAUAUAAUUCUUGAAGGACCACAGGUAAUCUGGGUGGAGCACCACCGCCUCUGUCCAUUGUUAAUACCACUGACUAGUUUUUUUUUUUCUCUCCAUCCGCCGGUAGCUAGCCGACCACGUUACAUGAGUCUAGUAGACAUGCGAGGGGAAAUACAGUAAAGGAUAGUUCCAGGAGCACGUCCCACCCUGCGCCCCCCAGCGGCACACACCCCGCCAGGCACCACACUGGUGACGUGGUUCGGUCCGUAGAGCUGAGCAGCAGCAGGAUGGCCGACCAGAGCAGGCAGACAAAACUCGCUGCAGCCAAGAAAAAGCUGAAGGAGUUUCAGCAGAAGAGCUCCCCUGCUGGUGGAGGAGGGGAAAAGGGUGGAGGAGGAGGAGGUGGAGGAGGAGGAGGAGGCGGCGGAGGAGCAGGGGCCAAGAAGAAGAGGAAGGUGAAGGGAAUGGGCCAAUUCGAUGCACCUUCAACAGAUAGAAACUCUCCAAUCAACUUUGACAGUAUUCUGAAAGCAAUUAGUCAAAGCAAUGGAGUAGCCCUUCCUCCUUAUGGCAUCAGUCAGAGUUUUGCUGACGUGGAGCCAAGGGGGUCUUCAGUUCCUCAGCUGCUGGAGGACCCAGGGGGCGAGCCUGGCCAAGUCUCGCCUGUGUCUAAUCCCGCUGUGCCUAACGCUACUAAUAACCCUGAGUCUGUCGGUCACAACACUGACCUGCAGGACUACCCUGAUACAAAUGGCAAUGACAGUUUAACCGAGGAAAAUAGACCACUGUCGUCCACAGAAAGCCUGCGGCAACUCUCACAGCAACUGAACGGCCUGGUUUCUGGGUCCUCUUCUGCGUAUGUGAAUGGAGAUAGUCCACCUGUCAGUGAGCGAGAACUGGAGAGUCGGAACCAGGAGCUGGCAGCCGCCCUGGAGUCCAGCAACCUAACAAACUCUGAGCUCAAUACCCAGCUAGACCAGCUGGCUCAUCAAUCUCAGGGGCUGACCGAUCAGCUACAAAAGGAGCGAAAGGAAUUUGAGCAGAGAUUUUCAAAAGAGCAGGGAGCCAUGCGGGAGCAAUUACAGGUUCACAUUCAGACCAUUGGUAUACUGGUAUCAGAGAAAUCAGAGCUACAAACUGCACUACAAUACACACAACAGGCUGCACGGCAGAAAGCAGCUGAGGCAGAGGAGUUGAACAGCCGUCUGCAGGGAACAAAGCAGAGGGUGUCGGAGCUGGAGCGAACUCUCUCUUCUGUCUCAGCACAGCAGAAGCAGUUUGAAAAGCAUAAUAAAGAGCUUGAAAAGGAGAGGGACGGCCUGAGGCUCGAGGUGUUUAGAGUGAACAAUGUUAGCGAGGAGUCGAAGCAGCAGAGCUCAGAGUUGUCUGAGCAGUUGAAGCUGACAACACAAGAGAACGGAGCGAUGAGGCUGGAGGUGGAAGAUCUUCGCAAGAGGCUUGAGAUCACCGACCUCAUGUUGCAACAGUGCUCCAGCCAGUCGGAUCCCAGCAGUGCCAACCAGCAGGCGCAGUUACUACUGGAAGAGAAGCAACAGCUGGAGACGCACAACCAGCAGCUGAUGGAGUCGAUCGGUCAGCUGCAGACAGAGAGGGACUGUUAUGCAGAGCAGAUCCAGGAAGAGGGCCGUCUAUGGAAGGACAAAACAGAGCAGCUGUUAACACAGGUGUCAUUGGUUGCCGAUGAGAGGGACAGAAACAUCAACCGAGUCCAAGAGUUGGAGGCCAGCAUCACAGAACUGAAGAACGCUGCAGCGUUACUGGCCCAGAAGCGAGAGCCUCUGGACAAUGCAGAACCUCAGUCCUCGGGCCCAUCGGAGAGUGAGGUAGCUCUGCAAGAUUCUAUCAACAGACUACAACAAGAGAAAGAAGCCCUUACCGCACAGUACCAGGCACAGCUGAGGGACAACGAGCAGCUGAGCCGCCUGUGUGCAGAGCGGGAGACGCGUCUCGACGAGUUGGAGCGGCAGGUGGAGAACCGAACCGAGGAGGCAGAGGACCGCCGUCGCAUGUUGGAGGAUGUUCAGUCAGACAAGGCCACCAUUAGCCGUGCUCUCACACAGAACCGCACUCUGAAGGACCAGCUGGCUGAGCUACAGAACGGUUUUGUCAAACUGACCAAUGAGAACAUGGAGCUGACCACUGCCAUCCAGUCAGAGCAACACGUGAAGAAGGAGUUGGCUCGCAGGAUGGGUGAACUUCAAGAGGACCUGCAUAAUGUCAAGGAGCAGCUGGAAUUAAAGAAUCAGGAGACCCAGGGUCUGAUGGAGCAGAGGGACCAGGUCGUGGCUCACCUGCAGCAGUACUGUGCUGGCUACCAGGCCCUGGCGUCGGAGAGAGAACAGCUCCACCAUCAUUAUCUGCAGCAGAGCCAGCUCAUGGACCGGCUGCAGCACGACGAAAGCCAUGGCCGCACUCAACUGGAGAUCAGCCACAGUCAGCUCAAACAAACGCAGGACCGUUUGGAGCAGUUGGUCAGAGACAACGAGGAGCUGAAGACUGAGGUGAAGGAACUUCUCAAUGGCUCGGCUCUCACAUCAUCCAGAGACCAAGGAGAUGGAGUGGAAAGCCAUUUCCUGCAAGAGAGUCCAAAGAUGUCCUCCUCCAUAGUUAUCCCAGAAGACUUUGAAAGCCAGAAAGAGAUGGAGGAGUUCAUCCGUGGAGCUCUGGCUCAGUUGGAGGACGAGAGGGACGAGGUCAGAAUGCAACUUGAGGAGGAGCACAGGCUCCACGUGGCUGCCCGGGACCAGGCUACCUUGGCACUCAGCCUCCAACAGCAACACCACAGCCACCAACCUGCUCACGACCACCAUGAUGAGCAUGAUCACACUGGCAUGGGCCAACACAGUCACUGUGAACACGGCCACGAGCAUUCAGAUGAACAUGGCCAUGGGCAUUCAGGUGAACAUGGCCACGAGCAUUCAGGUGAACACCGCCACGAGCAUUCAGGUGAGAAGAAAGGAGGAGUGCCAGUGGAAGUUCACCAGGCCCUGCAAGCUGCCAUGGAUAAGCUUCAGCAGCGCUUCACCUCCCUCAUGCAAGAGAAAGCCGACCUGAGGGAGCGGGUGGAGGAGCUGGAGCACCGCUGCAUCCAGUUGUCUGGAGAGACUGACACUAUAGGGGAGUACAUAGCCCUGUACCAGAACCAGCGGGCCAUCAUGAAACAGAAACACCAGGAGAAGGAGCAGUACAUCAGCAUGCUGGCCCAGGACAAGGAGGAGAUGAAGGCGAAGCUGGCGGAGCUGCAGGAUCUAGUGAUGAGAUUGGUGGCAGAGAGGAACGAGUGGUACAGCCGCUAUGCCGGAGCCGUAGCCGGCGUGAGCACAGCCAACCCUGACCUGCUUCCUGUCGGGGAGGUUCACGCUCAUCCGGAGCACCAAGCGCACACGAACACGGCGCUAACUGCCGCCAGUGGAGAAGAAGCCAUGGAGGUGGUCCCUCUGUCGGAGCCCACCACGGGCCCGGAAGCCUCCUCCUCCUCCUCCUCCUCCCAGGCGCUUUCGAGCGGAUCAUCCCAGACGGACUCCAGGCCCCUGGGGCCCAGAGAGGACGGCACCGCCCAGCAGAUCAUGCAGCUGCUGCAGGAGAUCCAGAACCCCCAGGGAGCGCUGAGAUCGCCCCCCUUCCUCGGGGAGAACCCAUGCAUCCCCUUCUUCUACCGGCCCGACGAGCAGGAUGAAGUGAAGAUUCUGGUGGUGUGAGGUGUGGAUUUAACAAAGGCGCGCGUGUGUGUGUGUGUGUGUAUGGGAUAUUGGACAUGUCUUGAAGUAUGGGGAAUAUUAAACAACACCAUGUUUAUAGCUAAUAGAUCAUAUUCACAAACACUUUUGUGAUGGAAACUUUACAAAACCUGUCACAGAUGGAAGAAUGUCUACGGCCCAUUACAUGACAAUGCCCCCUCUUAGUUUUGUGCGUGGUUACAAAAAAAGAAAAAAGGAAAGAGCAUUUUCUUUCUGCUCUUUUUACAUCUAUCUUUUUUUCCCCAUGAUGCUCUUCCCAGAGAGGAGGUAACCAGUAUUCCGAAACAUAUUCUGAUUAUUCUCUUCACAGCAAUUGUUUUUAUUCCCAUCCCCUCUCUCGUCUCCCAUAUCACACAUAAGUGCAAUAAAGGGGCGAUGUAUUCUGUGCCCCCCCCCGACACAGUACUUAAAGAGCUGUCGGGAAAUUAGCAGCAAAUCUCAGUUUUACACAAUUCACUGCACAAAUUUGCCAAAAAAACAAAACAAAGGAGCAUCAUGUUUGAAUGUAAUAACCUGAAACCUGUAAUUGACCUGUAUGUCUGUAUGUAUGUGUAACAUGAAGAGAAGUGAGGAGGAGGCGAAGGGUGCAGUGGGAUGAGAUCCGGUCGGGCGGCGGAGUGAGAUGUAAGUGAAGUCAAUAAAGGAAAUGUAGUUUCAAAGUCGAGAGUUCUCGAGUUACACGAUCAGGCAGAGGAAGGCUUAGGAAGGUGUUGCAGAUUGAUACUGUUCCUAAAACUCCCCCCUUUUUUCUCUCUCUCCAUUGUCUUUUUUUCAUGCUCUUUCGAACACUGAACACGAGUCACAUGUUUGUACAGUGCAAUGUGUUAAUAUAUGUGAGACCUUCGUGUUGUAACGAUGUUAAACAUCUCGUGAGACCGAGAGAAAUCACCAAUGUUAUUAUUUCUGAUUUAGUGAGGAUAGAUGCAAUUUAAAGACCCCAUGAAGAAAAAAAAAAGAAAAAAACAAGUUGAGUCGAGACGUUGUUGAAGGCAUUUUUUUCCUCCAUUCUUGCUGUAAACAACAGUGGAGAAGGAGGAUUUCUUCAGUGUGAUUCAGACGCUUGCUGUUGCUUUCCACACUGUUCUUUCAUCAAGUCUUUCUACUUCAGCUUUUCCAUCAGCAUGAUAGAUGUUAAGGUACAGUAGUUGAAGAAGAGUUAAAAUUGUGUAUUUGCAUUCAUUACAAAAUACUCAGUAAUCACAAUCUCUAUCCAAACCACUUCCAUCACUCUAGUCACAUAACUUUUUUUCAUUUAUCACUCUUCCUCAUCACUUACUUCUGUCUCAUGGGGUCUUUACAGUAAUUGACAUUAUUAAUAACGAGAGUCUGUUCGUUUUCUGUUACGUUUUUCUACACAUCAAGUGAUGAAUCGAUGCACAUCCUUUACAACUGGAGUGUGUGUGUGUGUGUGUGUCUGUACAUGUGUGUGAGCAUCUGUUGUACUUAAGUGUCGAGUUGUCAGAUAAUUAAUAAGUACGAUUGCACUAAAAACUGUACAAAGCUUCUCCGUCAGCUCUGUUUCUACCAUUGAGCCUGUGGAGAAAUGAGAUGAAUCCUAUGAUGCCUCACUCUGACGCUGAGGGUUCCCGCUGAAGCAAAUUCGUGGCAUUGAAAGUGAGUGUGUGCGUGUGUGUGAGAGAGAGAGACCAAGGUGUGUAAAUAUGAGGAGAAGAUGGUAUUGUCGAGACCAGUCUCUCGGAAGAGGUCGCGAUGUUAUUCCCAAAAGUGUGGGACCAAUCAGAAUAUAUGAGAAAAUGAACAACUUGUCUUUCCCAAAGUCGAGAACUAAAAAAUCAUAUUUCGCAAUUCUCACAUUGUCCAUCAAUACAUGAAAUAACCUCCCUUUUUGCCGUUAAAUAAAUGAAGUAGGAAUUAGGGAGGAUCCCAACAUUUCGACCGACUCCACACUAAUUCUUUUUUUUUUUCCAGAGAACAUGACGGGCGCUCGGCUUUGAUAGAGAUAUAAGAUGCUUGUGGAUGGAUGGAUUUGGUUUCUAUAGUGUUGGACUCUUUCCCUUCUACGGCCACUGUAAUAAUCGAGAACUGCACCAGCGCAGCUCAAUAUUUCCAAAGACAUCUGCUCUAUGAGAGUCUUUACAGGAUUGCAAUACUUUAGGCUCCUCUUAUAUUUGGAUGCGUUUGAAUUUCGAGAUCCUGUUGGGAGAUUAUUUUGAGGGAAACCACAUAUUUGUGAAGUUAUGACAAAAAAAAAAGCAUCAGUGCAUAUCCUGGUGUUUUGAGUCUAUUACAAAAAGCAAAAUGUAUUUAAAGUUUAAGGUAUAUGCGGACCGUAUGUACUUGUCUACCCUAAACCACAGCACUUUGCCAGUAACAAGGUGGUUUCUAAAAAAAAAAGUACUUUACAUCACAUUAUUCUUGGUUUUAAAAUCCCUCGCUUCUUAGCAUUCUGCCCCUUUUUGGUUUCUCUUGAAACGUGCCACAAAUAUUUUAGAUUUUGAUUUUUGGGGGUGGUCAGAGCAACAGGUAUGUAUUUACACACAAUAAAAACCUUUUAGAGAUGUUUGGGGACUUGAAAAUUAAAGCUUUCUGAUUCACUGUUAAAUAUGUUCUGCGUGAUUGAAACAAAUAGUAAUGAGGAAGCAUUUACUGUCUUUACUGUAAAGGAGGCAGUGUACAUACUGUAACUGUGUAACAUAUUGUAUAUUCAUUAUGCCUGGUGUGUGUGUGGAGGGGGGGCGGUGUGUACGAGCGGAGUCGGGUUGUUGGUGGUUUCUGACUGGCUGUGAUUUAAUACAAAGAUCAACUAGAAAAGAAAAAUCUAUUUAUUUGACGCAAGUUAGAAUCUCAACUAAUCAGUUUUAAUGUAAAAUGGAAGUGACUGUUGGGUGGAAGUGAAGGGUUGUUCAGAGAACUGAUUUGUCCGAGGGCUGCUUCAGAUAGAAGCUUUCUGAUUUUUUUUUUCUUUCCUUGAGUAAUAAUUUAUCACCUUCUCCUGAAUAAAACUGAUUGAGCAACAUGA